AUGAAGACACGGCUUCUCCCUCAGGCAGUCGCUGCUGGAUCGCUUCACCCCGCCCUCGAGUAUAUGCGAUUCCGCCCAAACAUUCAGCCAUGCAAAGGGGCAGAUGGGAUCAAAGGCGGGCAAGGUCAUCGCUGGUACAAGACCGAGGGAGACUCGAUACCCGGCUUUUUUGCCUGUCAAGCCUGUUUUGAAGAUUACGUCUUUCCCACCUACUUUGCCAGGAAAUUCGAACAAGUGCCCGAGGGGCGCCAGGGUCCGAACGACAUAUGGGCAUGUGAUAUUGCGUCGCGAUAUGUGCUGAAGCAUCUGGAGCACAAGUCCAAGACCAAUGACUGGCCUGGAUUCGUUACCGAGGCUAAGGCGCGGCUUUCGAUCUCCAGAUGUCCGGGCCCUAAUCCGGUCCCGACAUAUGGUCUCUCUUGGUUCAUGCCCAAGGAGAUUCGCGGGCUUGCGGCCUGUCCUGCUUGUUUCUGUGACCAGGUUCUCUGGACCGACGAAGAUGCCAAAUGGCGCGAAGUUACGGAAUGGAAGGCUGAUCGGCGUCAAAAGGCGACAUGUUGCUUUGCUCAGCUGAAUUUGAAGCUGUGUGUUGAACGAGGCCAUGACCUGGAAGACUACUCUGGGUUCUGGGCCGCCGCGAAAAGGCUGUCGCAUGUUCCUGCUUGCAGCGCGCAAGGUAUCAAGAAUGGCCAAUGGUACACAUUACGUUCGGAUCCGGCCGACUUUAGGAUGUGUAAGGCGUGCCAUAUCACCAUCGCAGAGUCUUUACAGGUCUCUCAGCAUUUCGUCCCCAAGAUUGGGCUUCCGAAAACCGAGCAACUACUGUGUUCCUUCAAUCCAGCACAUGCUCGGAUGCUACAGUUCUUCUCUAAACUUAUUGAGGUUUAUAUGAAGGCUGAUCCGUCGCCUCUCAGUUCCUUUGCAUCUGUCUGGGCUAAAAUCCCCCUCUGUCCCAGGGAUCAGGACAAGUCAGGGGUGCAUUGGUACGGAUGGCCUGGAUGUACGAUCUGCCCAGAAUGUCAUCUUAACUUCACCGCUCAAUACCCCAAUUUGUGCCAGACGAUGGACUAUCAAGAUACCCUCAUACCUCAAGCCACGCUUUGUGAGAUGUACAGCCCGCGGAUGAGAGAUCUAUUCAAACAAGUGGCCGCCGCAGGACCUUCUGGCCUUCCUGCCCUCUUCCAGGCUGUUGCGCAACGACGUAUCGUGUACACCCAAACGGUGCCUCGAAUGCGUAACAUCAUAGCGCACCAGAAAAUUCUUCUUGGACAGCAGCAGAUGCUCAACACCCAGAGCACGUUCCACAUGGUCAAGGGCCACAUGGACCAGAUAUCAUUUGGAACACCUUACACGUACAGCGCGCCUGGUGUUGGGUCUGGUUUUGCGAACAUGGACCUGCUCCAAUCUGCCCAGCUAAGGCAGGAGGCAUUUGGGAUGGUGGCAGGGGCUCAGAAUGCGACUUUGGAGGUGGCGGCACUUGAGAAGCAGUGGAGGGCAGUGGAGUGA